GCCCAAUCAAAAGCGGCGGAUUGAGUGGAAAGCAACCUGAGCCAAUGUAUUUCAGCUUGUAGCCGCGAUGGAGGAGUCGCUGGACGAGAAGGCGCUGUGGCGCGACCGCAACAAGAUCUUCGUCGCCGGCCUGCCGCUCGACGCCGAUGACAAGGCGCUCGCCUCCAAGUUUGAGAGCUUUGGCGAGAUGUUCCAGGCCAAGGUCGUCUACGACAACAAGACGCAGCGCUCCAAGGGCUUUGGCUUCGUCACCUACUGCUCGUACGAGAGCGCGCUCGACGCCGUGCGCGACAUGGACAAGAAGAAAUGGGACAACCGUGUCCUGAACGUGCGCUUCCUGACGCCCAAGGGCGGCGCCGCGGGCGCGCCGAUGGCGCCGGCACCGGCGCCCCGCGUUGUCGAGCCGCGUCCCGAAGGCUGCACGACCAUCUUUGUUGGCAACAUGCCGUACGAGAUCACAGAAGAGAUCCUGCGCAAGGUUUGCGCCGUCUGCGGUGACAUCAAGGCGAUUCGGUUUGCCGAGGACAUCAAGACCAAGGAGUUCCGUGGCUUCGGCUACGUGCAGUUCUACGAAGGCGACGCGGCCGAGACGGCCGUGCGCACGCUUCAUGGUACCGUCGUCAUGGGCCGCCCGCUGCGCGUCGAUUACGGCGCCCGCGAUGCGCCCGAGGUCUCGGAGAUGAAGGAAGCCCUUCAGAAGAAGCUCAAGAAGGGUAUUUGCCACAAGUUCCAGCAAGGUUUGUGUGACCGCGGUGACGCCUGCAAGUUUGCCCACAUUGAGGCCAACGACCCGAUGACGGGCGGCAUCCCGGUGAUCAAGACCGCGGCCAAGGCCGGGCCGCGCUGCAUCAACAACGUCCCGGACGAUGCACCGGUGUGCAUGGGCUUCCAGCGCGGCAACUGUACCCGCGGCGACAAGUGCAAGUUCCGUCACAUCGUCGGCGAGACACCGGUGGACGAGACACCGGUGGCCGAGACGCCAGCGCCGGCGCCGGCACCGACGUUCGUCGUUGUCAACAACGCCCCGGAAGACGCGCCCAUUUGCAUGAGCUACCGCCGUGGCAAGUGCAAGCGCGGGAACCUUUGCAAGUUCCGCCACAUUGAUGGCGACCUCCCAGACGAAAACGACGAUGCACCGGUGGCGGUUGCGGCACCAGCUGCCGUUGUGGCGCCGGUCGUCGAAGACGCUGCCGACGACGUCGACGACGACACGCCGAUUUGCAAGAGCUACCAGCAAGGCAAGUGCAAGCGCGGUGCGCAGUGCAAGUACCGCCACGUGGGUGCGCCGCCGACGCCGGUGCGCGCGCCUGUGGCCAUGAUUGGUGGGCUUGCCGUAUGUCAAAAGUUCCUCAAGGGCCAGUGCGCCAAGGGCGGCACCUCGUGCCGCUUUGCGCACCCUGGCGAGUCGCAGGCGGUCGCGGACGCCAAGUCCGAGUACCAAAAGCGCUUCCAGAGCGUGUGCUACAACUGGCAGAACGGCGGCGCGUGUGCCCGUGGUGACAACUGCCCGUUCGAACACAACAACGCGCACGUGGCCAAGACGACGACGACGACGACGACAAUGGUGCCUGACGUCGAUGACGAGCCCGAGGCUCCCGUCGCCAAGAAGGAGAAGAAGGAGAAGAAAGAGAAGAAGGAGAAGAAGUCGAAGCGGGCUGCCGACGACGAUGAGGAGGAUGAGGACGACCGCGCGGCGCGGAAGAAGGCCAAGAAGGACCGAAAACAGAAGCGAAGCGAAGACUAAGCGCAGAAUUCUACAACUCAUCGUGCUUACAUAGUC